CACAGCAUUAUCAGAGGUACAGAGAGCGCGCCACGUUGAUCUCCUCCUUCCUUCACUCCUCAGAGAGAGAGAGAGCGAGAGAGAAGGGAAACAUUGUGUGUUAAGUGUGAACAUCAUUUGUGCUGUUAGAAAUAGACGCUUGACUAGUGUAUCCCUUUGCUCUCUGAGAGAAGAUGCUUACAGACGUGAUAGUAGAGGAAGAAUUCGAGAAUAAAGAUGAAGAACAGUGGUAUGACCAUCGAGAUCUGGAGCAAGAUCUUCAUUUGGCUGCUGAGCUGGGCAAAAGCCUCCUGGAGAGGAAUCGUGAAUUGGAGGAUGGGUUUCAGCAGAUGUAUAACACUAACCAAGAGCAGCUACAGGAAAUCGAGCAUCUUUCGAAGCAGGUGGAAAUGCUCAGGUCGGUGAAUGAUCAGCAUGCUAAAGUCUCUGAGCAAUUAGAAGCCAAUGCAGGAGUCUUGGAGCAGAGAAACCAAAGACUCUCCCUGGAGAACCGCUCAGCCCAGCUUAAGAUCGAGAGGCUUACUGAGACCAUAAAUAUGCUGCAUGGUCAGGUGGAGGAGCUGCAGAGGGAAAUUGAGAACUUGACUCCAGAUCUUCAGGAGCAAUCAUCUAUCAGCCAAUCAGACAAGUAUCCAUCUAAUGAGAACACUGAAUGUGCGAGCACUCCCUUUCUAAAGGAAGAUGACUGGGAAAAAGAAGAGCACACGGCCCUUUUGCACUCGCUGCAGACCCAGCUGAAUUUAGAGCGAAGCCUAAGAGAGAUGGCUGAGCAAGAGGUCGAGGCUCUGGCCCGAGAGAUCAGCGAGCUGGAGCCACGUGCGACCCAGUUGGAAGGCUAUAAGGCACGUUUGGCUGAGGUGGAGGUUGAAGUUGAGGAGCUACGGCAGCUAGCGCGGUCAGACUCCGCUUCAUGCAUGCUGCCGGGUGUGCUGUUCUUCCCUGCAGAUGAGGAAGUGGGUGAGAUCUGGGAGACAAAGCAAGUGCAGAAGUGCUGCAACAUCCAGAGGCAGGUCCUGGAAGAUGACACUAAAGAUAAAGAGUUGAGAAAUGAAGAACUCACUGAUGCACAUUUAGAGACAGUGAAGAGCCACGGCAUGUCUCUGCUAAACGAGGUGGACGAUCAGUACAACGCCUUACAGAGAAAGUACAAUGCACUUCUGCGCCGUUACGAAGAUGGAUCGCGGUCGCAGUGUGACAAAGCGGUGCAGACGUCCACAGCCAAACAGGGGUCUCAAGUCUGCACUCAGCUGCCGGAAUAUAAAACACUGUUCAAUGAGAUUUUCACUUUUAUCCGAAAUAGCAAAAAGGACUUAGAGAUGAACAGGGCCAAGUCAAGUUAAAUUCAGUUUCACCUUCCAAAAAACUGUUAGAUUUGUCCUCUACAGAAAUUCCCAAAUCUCCCAGCAGGCAUCUGCUAUAAUAAGGCAGUGAGGAGACAGAAUGAAUGAAGUGGGAUUGCAAAGGAAUAAGGUUAUUAUAGGACAGACAGCAUAGCCAAACUUGAGCUUCACAUCUCACAUUUUAUUUCAGAUAUAGACCUAACUGAAAAUUAUUAUUUAAGUGUUUAAGCACUUUGCAUGACAAUUUGUGACCUUUUUUUGCACUUUUUUUUGCUUAUUAUUAUAUGUAUUGUUAAUCUUGUAGCAGCGCUGCCACAAAAAAGUUUACAGAAACAGAAUUAAAGUUACACUUUGACCUUUAAGAAAUUUUGCCUUUGUUUGAAUUGUACACGUCUCAUUAGCUCUUUCCCUGGGCUCGGAUAUCAGCUACGUAUACACACUUCUUCAUAAUCAUUGUGAAAACAGGACAAGUAAAGUAGCAAUUA